UGUAUUAUUAUUUUUCAUUGGAUAAGCUUCAUUUCCGGUAUGUGUCAAAUAGGAGAACGUUGCGUGAUGCUCAAUGUCACACCACGACAAAUUUUGCUCCGCUUGGAAGCUUGGAAGGUCUUGGAAUGGCAUGCUGUUAUCUUUGUUCGUCGAGUGCAGCUGCAAAAUGCAGAUGCGGGAAAGAUCUUGAUAGUCCCUGGUCGUGGCUAGUUUGUUUCUCUGCCACAUUUAUCAUUGUGCUAACGCUCGGCAUCUCGCUCAACUUUGGAGUUCUGUUCCCAGUGUUAAUGGUCUAUUUUCAAGAAUCACGGGAACGUAUAGCUUGGGUUGGUUCAGUGCAAAUAGCUUUUAUAUUUGCCCUUGGCCCUUUGACCAGUGCAUUGGUGAAUCGACUUGGUUGCCGCUUAACUGCAAUCAUAGGUGGAUUAUCGUGUGUCAGUGGCCUCUUACUCUCAUCUCUUGCUUCAAGUGUCUACAUCAUGUAUAUGACUUACAGUGUUUUGUUUGGAUUUGGUGGCAGCUGCCUCUAUCUUUCAUCUUAUGUAAUAACCUCACAAUACUUUGACAAGAACCAUUCUAUAGCAACUGGUAUUACAGCAUCAGGAAGUGGACUCGGCGUGCUUUCUGUUGCACCAAUGCUACAAUCCUUGUUGGACUCCUUUGAUUGGAGAAAGACUUAUCGCAUAACUGCUGGGAUCAUUUCAGUUGUUUGUGUUCUCUGUUUGACAUUUGAUCCCACUGUAGCUGAGAGAGGAGAAAGCACUAUUGAUGACAGGAAAUGCAAGGAACAGGAAAUGUCACAUGAGCAGGGUGAGCAAGUCCUUCAGGAGAGGAAAAAGUGGUUUGACCUUUCUGUAUUUAAGGAGAAGGUGUUUGUUGUGUUGACUCUUUGUAACACCAUGGCCAGCAUAGGACACAACACCCCAAGGUUACACCUGGUAAGAUUCUCAGAAGACCUCCACGUGUCAGCUGAUGCAGCAUCCAGGCUUUUCAUUUAUAUUGGUAUCUCCACAUUCAUUGGCCGAUUGCUCAGUGGAUUCUUGUGCAACAUGCGCUUUGUAAAUCCCAUCUUUGUGCUCAUGUUUAGUCUUGUUCUAGAUGGCUCAUCUAACAUCUUCCUGUCUCAAAGUAAAACCUAUGAACAGCUUACUGCAUUUUCCUUUUUCUAUGGUUUGGCAGAUGGUCUGGAGAUAGGCACUUUCAACAUCACCAUGCUCAACUGUGUGGAGCCAAGUAAGAGGGCAUCAGCAUUUGGUUUAUCUGCUCUUUUCUAUGGGACAACAAUUGCCACUGGCCCUCCUUUGGCAGGUACAUUUAUUUUACUACUAACCAUAAAUAUGGACAGACUGGAUAAUGAUAUUUAAACAAGCCCUCUUGGCAGCAUGUUUUUGAUCAGAUGAUGUUAACUAAGAUAAAUCUUGCCAUUUACCUGGCACUAGACUCUCAUACUCA